AUGGCUAGCCUGCUGCCUCUGUCUCUCCUCAUCAGUGCCUGUCCACCUCUGCUCUGGGGUCAACUCACAAGCAAGGACUUCUACGCUGGGCAGCUGAGGGCUCCUGGGGAUUAUAUUCUUGGUGGACUUUUUCCUUUGUUCAGAGCAAGUGCCAGAGUGAAUCAAAGUGAGCAGAUGGUGACCUGUGACAGGUUCAAUCCUCUGGGCUUUAACUGGCUACAGGCCCUGCGCUUUGCAAUUGAAGAGAUCAAUAACUCAAGUGACUUGUUGCCGGACAUUCAACUGGGCUUUGAGGUCUGGGACACCUGCCAACAGUUCAAUAGGGUCAUCACUCCAACACUCCACUUCCUGACUGUCCCCCUGGAUGAUGAGCUGCAACCUAAAUGUAACUACACUUCCCUAGUGCCACGCACACUUGCAGUCAUUGGGCCAAGUACCUCAGAAGAAGCUUUGACCUCAGCCACCAUGCUGAGCUACUUCAUGGUACCUCAGGUCUCCUACUCAGCCUCCAGCAGUUCUCUAGAAGACAGAACUCACUUCCCUUCAUUCUUCCGCACCAUCCCCUCAGACUCUCAGCAGACUUUGGCCUUGGUAGAGCUGGUAGAGAGAUUUCGCUGGGAUUGCAUUUCCAUCCUAGCCGCUGACUCAGACUAUGGCAAAGGAAGUUUGGCCACGCUGCAGGAACUUUUCAGGUACAGGAACGUGUGCAUAAGUUACUCAGAUGUCAUUCCUGGUGUUUCACAAGACAGGGAGUCGCUGCUACAGCAGAUGGUCAUCAAGCUGGACAUGUUCCUGGUCAACGUCACUAUCAUCUUUGCUGAUAUCUCUUCAGCCAUGGCGCUGCUGUCCAGUGUGAUCACCUGGCAGACAGCAGGUCGCAAUCGGGUUUGGAUCGCCAGCGAGGCCUGGUCCACUUCCAAUGAAAUUGCCAGCCUGUCCAACAUCCACAGCAUUGGGACCAUUGUGGGGCUGGCAAUCCAAACACACAUCUUUCCUGGAUUCCAGGAGUAUUUGCAGAGUUCAAAGGUGAUUCACACCCCAGCACCCACACAGCUGACCAACUUGAGCACAGCCAGUCUGGAGAGCUGUCAGGUGAGCAUGGCAGACGACACUCAAAUAGAGCUGCUGAAGAUGGCAAUAGUGGAGCCAGAAGAGAGGAUCUCCCUUAAUGUCUACACAGCAGUGUACAGUGUGGCCCAUGCCAUUCACAGUGCAAGGCAAUCAAUUGGGGCAGAUGCUACACUCCACCCCUGGCAGAUCCUUGAAGCAUUAAAGAGUGUGUCGUUUGAGGUGCACAACAUCAGCGUCUCCUUCAACAGCAAAGGAAAUCUCCACGCUGGCUAUGAUUUGCUUGUCUGGAAGGCUAUAGAUGGUACUAUUCAGUUUGUCCCAGUUGGCCAGUACACUGCUAUUGGCAGCCUGAGAGUGGACACAGAGGAGAUCUGGGCAGCUCAAGGAGUCCAGAUUCCAGAAUCAAAAUGCUAUGAGGACUGUCUCCCUGGACAAAUCUACAGGAAGAGGUUCUCGGCGUGGAGCAGCUGCAUGUUCAUAUGUGAAAACUGUCCAGAAGGAACAUACCAGGCAGAUUUGGUCACCUGUCUACCUUGCACGUUGGAGGAGUGGUCACCUGCACGCAGCACGGCCUGCCUGGAACGAGAUGCCCAGUACCUGUCCUGGGGGGACCCAUAUGUCAUGGUGCUGGUGGUCAUCGCGUGCUUUGGCCUAGCACUAAUCAUUGCUGUCUUUGUCCUCUUUGCGAUCCGACUAGACACCCCCGUAGUUAAGGCCGCAGGAGGAAGAAUGAGUCUCCUGAUGCUUUUCUCCCUCGCCUGCUCCAGCCUCAGCCUUGGCUCUUUUGUCGGGCGACCCAAUGAUUUCCACUGCAAGAUGCGACAGCCCCUGUUUGCCAUCAGUUUCACCGUCUGCAUCUCCUCCAUCUUGGUCAAGUCCUUCCAGAUCAUUUGCAUCUUCAAGAUGGCAGCCAAGCUACCUAUGGCCUACAAGUACUGGAUGCGGUACAAUGGUCCCUAUAUGUGCAUCCUAGGAAGCACGCUGAUGCAGGCCACGAUUUGUCUCAUCUGGUAUUCUAUCAAGGCACCUUACCUUGUGAAUAAUUACAAGAUCUCCAGCAACCAGGUCUACCUGCAGUGUUACGAGGGCUCAUUUGUAGGCUUCACACUCAUGCUCUCCUACAUUGGCCUGCUUGGGGUCCUCUGCUUCAUUUUUGCCUUCAUGGGACGAAAACUACCCAAAAACUACAAUGAAGCUCGUUUUAUUGUUGCAGGCAUGUUGAUAUAUUUCAUCUCUUGGUUCUCCUUCUUCCUCACGUAUGCCACCUCAGAGGGCAAGUAUGUUGCUGCAGUCCAGAUCUUUGCAGUGCUUAACAGCACCUGUGGGAUCCUCUUCACCUACUUCAUGCCCAAGUGCUACAUUAUCCUGUUAAAGCCAGAGAGCAACACAACAGCCUACUUUCAGAACUGCCUACGCAGUCACGGGGUGGCAAGGCACAGCUCUCACCCAUCAUCCACUGAAGCUACAGAACCUAAAGACACAGGGGACUGCACUUGA